AUGGACUACUCAGCAUCCUCGCAUGCAGGAUACCCUUUGAUCCAGCCAAGCGUAGCGCCGGAUACAGGGGAUUACAUCGACGGGGUUGAUCCGGUCACCUUUGAAAUUAGGAAGGUUCACCUUGUCGUAUUUGUGCAAGACCGCUCCCCGGAAGUUGUUUCGGUCGAGUUGGAUUUCCCCGCAGCUGUUACGGAGGCCAUGGAGCAGAUGUGCUAUGCGUUAGACCAUCACACCGUGCGCAGAUAUGGCCAUAUGCUUCCCGUGCAGCCGCAGCCUGCCUACACAUAUGCGAGCUUCGUUGCCCGUCCUCCCUGGGCAACCACUAAGGUUCAGAUUUUGGUAGAUGCGCGCGCCUGGGAUGGGCGACUUUUCACUGUUGUCAUAGAUCGCUGGCUGCAAUGGGGGUCCUUCAUGCUUCAAGGCGGAUUCAUUGUCACCGGAGUUCCGCAAAUUUAUGUCCGGGACGCUCCAGUACCCACGGGACGUCCGUUGACUUUUGGGGAUGGUGAUUUGGUCACAGUUCUGCCGUCUCAGCAUAAUUUACCACCUCGUAUGCCCUUAGACCGCAUGCUGGCCCGUGCCUUCCUAUGGGAGAGGGAUGCUCCGAUCUUCCCUGUCCCAGCCCGGCCGACUUUCUUUGUUCUGACAGAUGGGAUGCCAGUGCUCAUUUCAGCAGACAGGAUACCCCUGUCCGCUUUGGAAGCCGAGUUCAGGGCUUUCCUGCCUGAAGAGCAUGAGGUUUGCAUUCAUGGAGGUGUUCCAAUCGCCCAUGCUGGGACGACCUAUCUCGAUGUCGUUUCUCGUUCGGUUCUGACCGUCGAAUUUGUGCCCAGCACUUUUACGGAGCCCUCUUCAUCAAGCUCCUCGGAGGACUCCUCCCAAGAGCAUGGCUCUUCUCAUGAUUCGCCCUCCCCACCUGGCGACAGGUCAGUUGCUGCCACUACGGUUGGUGAGCCCACUGUUCCCCUUGUGGGCGGGCUCUUUGCCAUUCGCUAUGGUCUUUCGGCCUUUGUUGCUGCAGGGGUUGGCCUGGCCUGUAAGUUGUUGGUGGAGCCUACCUCGUCUGGCCCCGCUGCCAGGCUUGCACUUGCCACCCUUAGGCAUCUCGCUGCAGGCAUGGGCGAACACUGGCGUUAUGCCCCUGCUGAGGAUGCUGUCUACCUUAGUGAGGACACGUUGUCUGAGGCCGAUAGCGCCGAGCAGAGUGCACCAUGCCAGGUCAGUUUUGGCGUGCUAGUUGUGGACUGCGCCCCGGAGGAGGUCUCGCUGGAACUGUACUUGCCCGCCACGGUUGAUGAGACGAUGAGAGCUUUGCAAGCUCUUUACUGUUAA